AGCCCUGUGCACGGACGCGCAGGAGACAUCCGCCGCGGCCCGCUUCCGGGAGGAAGUGACGCAUCCGCCCGGCUUCCGGCCGGGGAGGCACGGCCCCACCUCCGCUCGGGACAGCUUAAAGGGACCGCGACCCCCAAGAGGCUUGAAGGAGACCGGUGGGGACGGGGCGGGGCGCAGCUUGGCGGAGCCGUCGCACGGCGUCGGGGCGGGGGCGGCCGGCAGGGGGGGCGGUGGUCGGGCCGCGCGGGCGGAGAUGGAGUGGGGCCCGGGCUCAGACUGGUCUCGGGGGGAGGCUGCCGGCGUGGACCGCGGGAAGGCGGGGCUGGGGCUCGGCGGGAGGCCACCCCCGCAGCCGCCCCGGGAUGAGCGCGCCCAGCAGUUGCUGGACGCGGUGGAACAGCGGCAGCGGCAGCUCCUGGACACCAUCGCCGCCUGCGAGGAGAUGCUGCGGCAGCUGGGCCGCCGGCGCCCGGAGCCGGCUGGUGGUGGGACCGUUUCAGCUAAACCCGGAGCACCGCCCCAGCCUGCGGUGUCCGCCAGAGCUGGCCUUCCAAAGGAUGCUGGAGAGGGAGCUGCGGAACCUUGAUCAUUCUCUAGCUGGGCACCCUGACUUCUUUCCAGGGCUGGUGGCUGGACUCUGACCAGCUCCUUUCAGUAAAGGGGCCAGUCUUCACUGGCAGUGGCUGGUACUUGGCCUUCAGCCUGGGAUGGCAGCUCUGCUAGCAGCCGGGUGCACUCCCACUUCGUCCUGGCUGAAGGCAGUACUGUGUUUUGAAAUGUAGCCAACGAAUACCCAGUCUGAGUACUCGGAUUCGGGCAGGCCAGCAGUGCUGGCCGGAGUGGUCUGGCCUGCUUUGGGGGUUCCAGGUGGUAUUUACAUGUUUAUUUCAUGCUGUGGGGGGCUCACAGCCCCCCCAGAACACCUUGAGCAGAACCUUGAUUAAAAGGAAACCUGCAGACUCUC